UUCUUUGCUUUCCGCUUCCAUAGCUUCACAUAGUUCACAAACUUACACUGAUGGAUUUGAUAUCCCUUUCGCAUAUGUACAUAUCUCCUGAGAAGCGAAGAGAUAAUUGGAUAACUCGGUUAGACGGACCACUGACAUUGAUAAAAAGCUAGAGAUAUAAAGGUAUCAAGGAAAAUCAUUAGGAUAAUAAUAUCACCAAAAAGCCGAAUUAUCGCUUUUUAUGUGAUUCACAAGAUAAAAUCACUAUGAGUACUGGAUUUCAUCAAAGUCAAAGCCAAGGAGAGAGUUGAAGCUGCGGCUUUGUUUUCAUCUAAGGAAGCUGAAGAGGAGGUUGAGGAGAUUCAAAAAGGGUCAGAUGCUACCGAAGAACCACAGACUUUAAAAGUGGUGGCCCUAACAGAAGAGCUAAGUUUAGCAAUCAAUGUUCGACUAUCUAUGUAAUGUUGGAUUAAGCUUGAAAAAAAAAAGAAACAUGAGAAAUAAGUUGGAUUAAGCUUGGAAAAAAAAGGAAACAUGAGAAAUAAGUUAACUCCUAAUCCUACCUGAGUUAUGGUUUAAAGGAUUAGGAAAAUAUCAAAUAUGAGUUUAGGUAAUUUGAGUUAUAUAUAAGGAGAUGUAUGUGUGUUGCAUAACUUAGUGAGUUUCGUGACUGUGUGAGAGCUUAAAGUUUUUGAGUGAGUUUUUCUUAAGAGAUUGAUAAGAGAGUUAUUUUUAUUAUUGGGUUUUAUACAAUUCGAGAUUAUAUAUACCUUCAUCUGGUGUUAUUGACGGUUCUGAUCCCAUGGAGGUUGAUGAUGAUUACUCUGUGGAAAACGAUCCGAUAUAUCACCCCGAGCUGAUGAUGAUCGAUUCACAAGGAGACUCUUCCGUGAGUGAUCGUCCAUUUGAUGGCUUUGGUGAUUUACCCAUGUCUGACACAAAGUUGAUGCACUUUAACUAUGAGUACCAUGUUCCUGGUUAUCGAAAUCGUACCUUGGUCUAUCGUUAUGCCGAGUUGGGGAUUCAUCGUUACAAUCUGUUGAAGGGUACUGACUGGAUACUCUUUAACUUAAAAAGUUUCAACAAAGGAACAAAUCCUUGUGCUGCCCCCUACUUUCUUACCAUGGAAGCAUUUGAUCCAGUUUCUUGGCAGUUACAACCAUUCCAGGCUCUAGUCUGUGAAAAAGCUCUUGGUGUUUUAGAUAUCUCGGUCGACAUAGCUAGACCUCGAGAUUUAGAAGAGCCGCCUCCACUUUGCGAACAAGGCUGCGAACUUAGUUUACCUUUGCCUCUCUGGCCCUCCUCAGAGAUGAUAACUGAUACUCAGCAUUUUUACAUGUUGGAGGAACAUGAGCUCCGAAACACUCCUUGGGUUCGUUUGUAUCUGGAUCUUGUACAUUGUACCUCGAGUAGGGGUAUGUCUGAGAGUCAGCUCUCGGAUUUCCAUAUUCUCCAAGUGACUAUUGGAAGUCUCGAUGAUGCAGAGCCACCGAGAAUCAACUCCACAAACGCUGUCGUUUACAUUGUCUACAGAGACUUGGUCAAGUUUCGGGGUGGUAAGCCUUCUGAGCUUAGAGCAAUCAUUAGACGUGUGUACGACGAGUCUACGAGGUCAUUGAGUAUCCAGGGUAAGAACUGGAACCCUUCUGAGAAGAAAGAAAAGAAGAGAGAGAAGAAGAAAAAUAAGAGAUUUGCACCUCUCAAGAAACGUUUAGGUGUUUGGGGAGCCUGGCGUUUGAGGCUCGAUGUCUACAGGAAACGAACGCGCACUCGUUGAUCAGAGUGAUUUAUCCGAAUACUACUACUAUGUUAUUAUGUGUUUUUUGUGUGUUAAGUGGAUUAGUCUUUGCAUGUUGUUUAGUUCAGCAUUUAUACUUUUUUUUUCUUACAAAAAAU